AUGGCUCCAUUCGAGAAGCAAGUGAUCGAAGAUUGCUACAAUGCGGUCGCAUCGUCGCUACCUACGCCUAAUCUUCAAGCCGCCAGCACUGAUCGUGAUCAGCAACGCAAGCCGAUUCCCAAGCAUCGCUGGUUCGUAACCGGUCUCGUAAUCUUGGCAUAUUUUUGGCUCUCCUCGCCCGCUGCCAACGAUGCUUUCAAUGACGUUCGCCGCAGGAUCCACAAACACAAGGGCUGCUCGUCACCAGACUCGUACCUCAAGCCCGAAAACCAGACCGACUUUUCUCAAGCUGCUCGUGGCGAGGUCGUCUGGUUCGACUGUGAUGAUGAGAAGCGCUACCCUGCUCCUCUUAAGUGCGGUCGCAUGAAGGCACCGCUCGACUGGACCAACGCUGACGAGGACAACCGCAACGCUUCGAUCGCCGUCAUCUUCUACCCUGCUGGUGCGGGUAAGACGUCCAAGAAGGAGAUCCUCGGGUCCCUGCUCACCAACCCUGGAGGCCCCGGUGGCUCUGGCUUCGAGUUCAUCGCCCGCAAGAACGCUGCAAAGAACAACGAGCUUCUCGCUGCCAACUUCGACACCAUCUUAGACCACAAGUACAAUAUUGUCUCUUUUGACCCUCGAGGUGUUGGACGCACUUUCCCUCGUAUGGACUGCUGGAACAACACGGAGAAGAGCUACGUGCACCGCAUCGAGUCGGGCUCGUUUGGUGCUCUCUACUCUCAUCCUGGUGCUCUCGACAGCGAGAUCGGCUCGCUACUUUCCAGCACAGACCUUCUGUCUGAGCUCUGCAGCGUUGACCCCUUUGUAUCGAAGCACGGAAAGUUCGUGGGAACCACCGCCACAGCUCGUGACAUGCAGCUUCUCCACCGCUUCUUUGGCGACAAGCGCAUCAACUACUGGGGUUUCAGCUACGGUACCGUGCUCGGCUCUACCUUUGCCGAUAUGUUCCCUGACGACGUUAACCGUCUCACAAUCGACGGCGUUGUCGAUGUCCCCAACUACAUGCAGGGACUGUGGAGCACCAACUUGCUCGACACUGACGCAGGCUUCGACGGCUUCUUUGACGAGUGCAUCAAGGCAGGACCAAAGGCUUGUGCUUUGUCGGAGCAAGCGUCUGACGAUGAAAGUGGCGAGGACCUGAAGAAGAAGUUCUUGCAUCUGCUUGAUGAUCUCAAGUACCAUCCUCUGCCUGUCGUCCAAGCCGACGUGCCUCAGCUGCUCACCUUCAGCAUGGUGCUCGAAACCUUCUUCAUGGCUUUGUACAAGCCUGCAGGCUGGCCCAAGCUCGCCGACAUGCUCAACGAUGUCAUGAACGGCAAUGGAACUGCCUUUGUCAACGCCUACGGAGACUCAACCUACCACGUGCCCCAGAUCCCAGAAUCCGAGGAAGCCAACGCUGCCAUUGCUUGCGGUGACGGCCUUCACGACCCUCGCGAGAAGUCGUGGAGCAUCAACCGCGCCAAGGAGCACAUCCGCACUCUCGAGAAGGACUCGCCUUUGUUUGGCCAGUUCUUUAGCGAGCAAGGUAUCAUAUGUGUUGGUUCGUGGAAGAUCCGUUCCAACGAGCGACACCAGGGCAAGUUUGACAGCAACACUUCGUUCCCCCUUCUCACCCUCGGAAACGAUUUCGACCCUGUCACACCUGGUCGGUUCGCUGAUAUGAUGGCAGACAAGUUCGGCUCUGCCGUGUCGGUGCGACGAGCUGGUUACGGCCACUGCAGUAUGUCUCAGCCGUCCAAGUGCAUCAACCAAAUCGUUCGCGAGUACUAUGUGAACGGCACUGUACCCAAGAAGGGUAUCAAAUGCGACGUUGACGAAUCGCCAUUCCCUCCACCUAAGAACGAGACGGCGAUUCUUGCUUCGCUUUCGCCGGAGGAGGCUCGUGAUGCUGAACUCAACGAGGCUAUGGCUGCUAUCAGCGAAGCUGUCGCGGAGUACAAUGCUCGUCGCUUGAUGUAA